AGGCAGAGGUACCAAGUGCGUGGCCUAUCUGCCAACGUGAACAACAUACUAAUUGUCAGAAAGCAAGCGAGACUGAGAGCCACCCCAAAACACUUGGAGCACGGGAGGAAGAGGAGUGGCACCAGCAUGGAUAAGGACAGCACAAGCCUGGCUGACCAGCAGUAUGAAUGUGUGGCUGAGAUUGGGGAAGGAGCCUAUGGGAAGGUGUUCAAAGCCCGAGACUUGAAGAACGGUGGCCGCUUUGUUGCUCUGAAGCGGGUACGGGUGCAGACCAGCGAGGAGGGGAUGCCGCUGUCCACCAUCCGAGAGGUGGCAGUUUUGAGGCACCUGGAGACAUUCGAGCACCCCAACGUGGUCAGAUUGUUUGACGUGUGCACUGUGUCACGAACAGACAGAGAGACCAAACUAACGUUAGUGUUUGAACACGUGGAUCAAGACUUGACUACUUACUUGGAUAAAGUUCCAGAGCCUGGAGUGCCUACUGAAACUAUAAAGGAUAUGAUGCUUCAGCUGUUUCGGGGACUGGAUUUUCUGCAUUCACAUCGUGUGGUGCAUCGGGACCUGAAACCCCAAAAUAUCCUUGUAACCAGCAGUGGGCAGAUAAAGUUAGCUGACUUUGGCCUUGCACGAAUCUACAGUUUUCAGAUGGCUCUAACAUCAGUGGUUGUUACUUUGUGGUAUAGAGCUCCUGAAGUUUUGCUUCAGUCCAGCUAUGCAACACCAGUCGAUCUUUGGAGUGUUGGCUGCAUAUUUGCAGAAAUGUUCCGUCGAAAACCACUCUUCCGUGGAAAUUCAGAUGUUGAUCAGCUAGGAAAAAUCUUUGAUGUAAUUGGACUCCCAGAAGAAGAAGACUGGCCUAAUGAUGUUGCCCUUCCAAGAAAUGCUUUCACUUCCAGACCCGCACAACCUAUUGAAAAAUUUGUGCCAGAUAUUGAUGAACUGGGCAAAGACUUGCUUCUUAAAUGCUUAGUGUUCAACCCAACCAAGAGAAUAUCUGCCUAUGUUGCCCUCUCUCACCCAUAUUUCCAUGAUCUGGAGAAAUGCAAGGAGAAUCUGGACUCUCACAUGUCAUCCAGCCAAAACUCUAGUGAGCUGAAUGCAUCAUAAUGCUGACUGAAGAUGAACCAUUAAUGAACAAGAUGCGUAGCUGACAAGGCCACUGUCCCAUACAAACCACGUAGCUGUUCUAGCGAAGAUCAUUAUUUGGAGGUUUUAUGCACUUAUCAUUUAUUUGGGGACUGUGAUAUGCUUAUCCAAGAAAACCAAUCUAGUUUACUUUCAUCAGAGCAACGCAAGGGCCAGUGCUUUGACCUGCUCCCAUUGCAGCUUUAUGUUUGUUUUGUUUUCAUUUUGUUUAUCUACCUGGGAAAACUCCAGACAAAGAGAAGCUGCUGACCAGUUUUGCUGCCAUUUUAUCCUUUUAAUAUCGAAUGCUGCCAGUGUGGAGUAGGAUGAUUGAGUCACUGCCAAAACAUGAUGCAGUCUCUCUCUCUAGCUGCUGAAGUAUGAUUUGGUACUUUUUAAACUAUUAUUAUAUGAUCUCUUACAGUGAUAUUUAAAGAAUGGAAUUGAAAUACCAGAUCUCUGCAACCUGCAGUUAACUGAUACGUGCAUUAAUACAUCCAGCUACUGUUCAUUCAUAGCGUAUGUGCAGGUGCUUCCCCACUUGAAAACUUGGAUGGAUUAUUUUAUCAUUUCAUUGCUCUAUAAAAAUAACAGUGAUGAUGGUCAUCAUAAUACAUGUCUCAAUUUUUAGGUUUUUUCACACACAGACGAGUUACUAUCUAGCUACAUUUGUGUGCAUGUUGCAAAAAACAAGUGUUCUAAAAAUCCUCUAGAGUCCUGUUCUUAAAGACUCUUUCGGUUUCCAAAUGGUCAGCUUGUGUUGAAAUCCAGGCACAUUCUAGCCCAUGAUUUAAUCCAUCAUUCCCCUCUGGAAAGAGCUGCAAGCACAUUCGCUUUAUCUCAUUCCAGUUUUUCUGAUAUACAGCUCAAAGACAUGAGCACAGCUAAUGAAAAUCGAUACAGAUUUUCACCUUCAACCUUUUCUGAUCAUCAGCGAAAAAGGAAAAUAGAAAGAAAUUUCCGAUUCAGAAGCAGAGAAUCCUGUACCCGUAAUAAGCACAGAUAUGUAUUUGUGCAGAAUUGAAUGCUGUCUACUGCGCUGCCUUACCUGCAACACCCACCCAUGCAUUAUAAGUCCAUGAAUAUUACUGUCUCAAAAUCCCUCAGAUGUCAUUUAUUAAGCAGAUUUGUCUUCUAUGCAGAAAUGCAUGAGCUUCUCUCCUAAACCACCAUGUGGGUAUACUGGCAUAUGCUUCUCCACUAGGGUUAAUGUGCCAUUAUUGAAUGUCAAAAUAACUAAGCAAUUCACAUGCCUUUAUAGCACAUUUAUUUUAAAUAUUACAUUAAAAUUUUAUAUUUAGUAUUUUUACCUAAACUAAAAUAUAUUUUCAGUAUUUUAAAAAGUUUUUAUUUUUUUAAUACUGUACUGGAGAAAAAGAAAUAUUUUAAAUCCAUAAAAGCUGUUCCCUAGCAUGACUUUCAUUCAUUUAGCUGGAUAUGACUUGGGGGAAAAUAUUGGUCCAAUGAGUUAGCCCUUACCAUAAAACCAUGAAUAUACAUGAUUGCAGUACAACUGAUGAUAAGUGAGGCAGCUAGCUUUGCUUACUCCUGUCAGAGUCCCUUAGGUUUCUCUCUUCCUCAUCUCUAUUUUAUCUAGUCUAGCUAGUGAGCCAGCAUUAUAUCCUCAUUCACAGCAUGCUUGGCAGAAGCAGGUCCUCAGCAGUGAGUUGAGCAAUAUAGUUUUUCCCAGCUGUGGCAUGAGAACUUGUAGCCAUCCCCCUGGCAGGUUUCUCAGCCCUGUGAUAGACCGGCUGUUGUGGCAAACUUCACUGUUAACUCUGUCUGGGAGAUGGUCCAUUGCUAGCAUAGUGAGUAGAACUUACCUGUCUCUUGGAUAAAGCUUUUCCUUAUUGUUAGACAUGUAAGUAUGAGACAUAUGGUUAAAUUAGGUCUGUUUUAAAUAAGCCAGAUUUUAAAAGGACCACUUGCAUGCAUGCGUGCAGUGGCCUGUGCUUUUCUUCAUGCCCAGGAUGAUGCCUGUGUGAAACCUACUAGCAUGAACAGGCAAGUUGCAAAUUAGGCCUGGCAAGAGCCUGCACAAGGCAUCUGCACACAGAGAUACUGCAGAUGCAAAAGACAAGGAUUUUGGAAGCUCUGCGAGCAGCAAGCUGAAGGCCAGGAAGCAGUCAUGGCAGCUAACCCUCUAACCUUGGCCUUGCCUCUGUCAUUCUCUCUGUUCCUCCAUAGAAGGGUAACUGUGAACUCACUGCCCUGAUGUUGUCCCAGCCCUACUCCUCCAUGUGUCAAUGGACCUGAGUGUGAAUAGGUUUUAAGAAAAGGAUGGGCCAGAGUGAAAUUUUUGCUAACCAUUUUUAAACACUAACUAGAACAACAAACAGAACCAAAGUUCAGAAGAAUCUUGUGACAGUAACAAACAAGAACAUUUUUGACACAGUUUAGCAUCUUUAAAAAUUUUACCCCAUUUUACCUAGCUCCAGGACAUCAUACAUACUUUAUCAGGGCAUUCAGCUGGUGCAGCUUUCCAGCAGCUGUCAGGGAACUCUCCCAGAAGUCUCCAACAACUAGCAUAGGUGAAAAUGUAGGGGAGGAGAGGGCAUUUUCAAAUUAGGCUCAGAACUCUCAGAUAGAGGUGUGCAUCUGUUCUACGAAGGGAAGAGAACAUUUUAAGCCAAAGGUUAAUGUUGGCCCAAAAACUAAUGAGAAUGUAGAAAUCACAAGGAAGUUAACUACUGAAGCAGUAUUUCUCAACCGGUAGUAUCAGAAGAAGAGCUCGGAGAGCAGCAGAGAAAAGCAGGAGCUGGCUUAUGGAAUCACAGCAGAGCUUCCGCAGCAUGGUGCUGUAUGUUGUCUAAUACAGGAUAAGGUUAUAAGUGGGGGUAUUUGAGAGAACAGCUUGAGAAGGGCUGCAUUAAUGGUCAUAUUCUGGAAUAUCCAGUGGGAAUGGCAGGAACAAAAAAAGGAACCUAAGUUCUGUCUUGUCAGGUUUAGGGAAAAGACUUAUCUGAUAGGACCAUUGCAGUAGCAAAGUCCUACAUUCCAAGAACCAACAAAUUCUCAAUUGACUUCCCUUCGAAAAUCUCUUUAGGAAGAAAUUCCAUUUGACAUGCCAUAGGCUUGCUCAUAUUCCAGUCUUCCCUGCCAAACCAUGGGGUUUCACUUACACUAGUAAACUCAGAAAGCCUCUUCUCUGGCUGGGCAAAGUGCCGGCACUGGAUAAAAUCAUGGCAAGAAUCAUGCUCAUAAUUAGACAGUACAUACAACUGUGGGACCGUGCUUGAGCAUGUGCCCUUGCUCUUUUUAUUUUACUGGUAUGGCCCUAGUAUUUUGUGUACCUUUACUCAUUACUGCCAUGUGUAGGAUGUUGGAAUUGUGUCAGUGAAAAAGAAAGUGUUUCUGGACACACAUGUUCCAGACUGUGGUGCAAACUCUUCAUGCAUCCUUUAAAUAAGACUUCAGAGUGCAAUUCUUCGUAGCAAUAACUAUGCCUGUAUGUGUUCUACAGGAGCAGUUCAACAGCAGCUAAAAACCACUGAAUAACAAAAGAUACAUAAAAAUAAGUAUAGAUGUUUAGCUUCUAGAGCACCCACAACCAGGCACUGUGCUUUCCUCAGCAGAGAACAGGGUGUUCUUAGUAAUGGAAGGAGUGAUUUCUAUUUCCCACCAACCUUUUUUUUUAUCACUACUACAUAAUUUUGCAAGAAAAACAGGCCCAGUUAGCUAAGGGAAAAAAAUCACCAAAGCCAGCUAGUGAAGUGCUAAUUGCAAUACAUCUGAAGCAGCUCUUUUCAGUCUUCACCCUGUCUCCACGCUCAUUCUAGACUUUUAGUUCUUUGCUCAACUUCCUUAUGGAAACAGAUUUCAGUGACACAGGUGCUAUUUCCAACAAGAUUCUUCCAAAUUUUCCAUAGCUACCCAGUAUCAGCGUAUUACCAAGCGUUGCUUCAGUUUAGUCCAGAACUGACAAUUUAGAAAGAUUCCCUUUGUGCGCCUCUUUUCUUACCCUUAGUUCUUCAUACAGCUGUGUUGCUUUCUGUGCGCCAAGUAAAAUUCUGCAAAUAGGGUCUGCAUAUUUCUGUGUUGGCUGCACCCACACUCCAGGGUUUUUUCAAGCUGUUAGUCCACAAUGGUAAAUGUUAGAGUACUUUUCUUUGUUGUUUCUGUCCUAAAACACACCAAAAAAGGGGGACAAAAUGUUUGCAAAAUACUGACAUUUGGUGCUAUGCAUACAGAGCCUUUUACAUGAAAUGAAUCAGUAAAUUGUAGUAUUCGAGCAUCUUCUGCGUCAGGGGUGGUACCCAGCAUCAUAAGUAACUCUCGUGUGUUUUUUUACACUCGAUGGUUGUUUCGGUGAAUAAGAAGAAAAUACUGUGCCGUACUACUUUUCACAGGUUCGCUCACUGUCUUUGAGAAGCAUGUUUUAUUAUACAUAUGAUUCUCUCUGCUGUUAGGUAUUAGGUCAACUUUAAUACGGAAAAUAAAAAGAAAUCAUGCUGGUUUGGUCUUUUAACCAGCCAGUUUGGAGCACUUACCAGACUCACAGCUGAAAACACAUCAGUUGUCAAAUAGGUAUAUGAAUCAUAAACCACACAGGUUGGUUUAAAAGGCCACGUAAAUUAAUUAUAUUGCAUGUAUCAGACACAGUUGAAUAAGGAGGAAUUUUAUUCUAAGAACUCUGUUUUAUAGAACCACUUUGCUAGUAUUUUUUCAUAUACAGUAGUUUCAGGAAUAGAUUGAUUUUUAUAUACAAUGUGAAUUAGAAGAUUCUAGGCUAUUAGAAUGAUUUUGCUGUGUUAUGCUUGAAGCUUGAAUGGAACACAAGCUUAGGAGCCUAACAUUUAUUUUAUUGCUACAAAACUGCUAAAUACCAAGAUCUUUUUUGAUGUUAAUAGAUUUCACACUUCUCCUAAUGUGUAAAUGAUUAUUUUCUUGAGAUUAGUAUAUUAGAAAAAACAUUUUUCCAAGCUGCAGUUGUAUGGGAAAAAUUAAGAAAUGUGUUUCUACUUUCACAGAGAAAAAUAACAUGUUAUAUACUGAAAUCUCCAGUAACUGUCAAUAAGCUAUCUCUUUUGCUUCUUUUUGAUUACUAAGUAUCAGAGUAUACUUUCCAUGAAGGAAAAAAACAAAUCAGAAACAAUCUCAAGAAAAGUAAAUGGGAUUUUAUAUGUUUAACCUUCCAAGUUUCAUUUUCAUACCCAAGUUCUUUGUUCAAGUACAGUUCAGGUAUGCAAAAACAUGACUACAAUUUUAACAGUCUAACAGGCUGUACAACUUAAAUAGAUAUUAUUUGUGAGCUAUUUAUCUCUUUGGUUUUCAAAUUGUUAGAUAAUGGCUGUAAUAUAAUUCUAGUUUCUGGACCAGACUCUGUAACCAUCAACUCCCAGUAAUUUAUGUAAAACAAUAAGAAGCUUUCUCAUAACUAGGCCAUUAAAAGAUGAAAGAUGUGGACAUACAAACUGACAAAUAUGCUUUUGCCAAGUCUUAUUUCUUCUCUGUAGUUUUAAGCUUAGCAAAUACUGCAUACUGAUAUGCAAUAUAAAUACAAAAUAAGAACCAUAAAACCCACUUAGGAGUAGUGUGCAUAGAUAAUAAUUUUAAAGCACUCAUCAGGUUCGCACAGAAACCAGCUGAAAAUCAUUCUUUUGGCUGUAACAGUCAAAAUUUUGAAACUGAUGUAUUUUUCCAUUUAAAAUAUUCCUGAAAAAUGAUGUAUAUGUUUUUAAUCCAGACAGUGAUAGGCAGCCAGACAGAACUGAAUCAAACAGGAACUUGUGCUUAAAAAAAGAUUCUGCAAAGCCACGUAGAUACCAUCAGAUCUUUAUGUGUUCAUCAGAAGCUGAAAUCAGCCAGCACCAUGCUUAGAUGAGCCUUCUACUUUCUGGGUAGAAAAGCCCAAGGUUGCUGCAAGUAAAGUUAGUGGAAAAUAUGCCUUGGCUUAAAUAAAGCCCUGUGAGAGCUUCUGCAAUAUUCAGAUUUCCAGCCUUCAUUGAAAGACUCUGCAAAGCAGCUUCAGAUAAACCAAAACUCCAUAACAAUAUGCCAUUUUUUUCCUUCAGAUUAAAUGUUUCAUCUGUGUUAGAAUAUAUUGGUGGGCUUCAUCCAGCCUGUUGUCAAUGAGGCUUUUGCAUGGCUAGACAAAGUAAGAAGAGAUUUUGCUGUGGAUAUUUUGAAAUGGGGUGAUUGUGGUAGAGUAGUUUUUUUGUUUUGAAAAAAAGAUCAGAGAAAUGAUGCUGCAUUCUUUUCAAUAAAACAAGCAAACGAACAACUGACAGUAAAGAUUAAUAAGGAGAUUUUAAGGCAUUAUUGGGAAAAUAUUGGUGGGAUAAGUGAAAAGGAGCCUAUUUAUAACGUGAAAAUAUGUAAAUACAAACAAUGUAUAUUAAAUAUGCAUUGGAAGUGAUACUUUUUCACUCACCCUGCAAAGUUGAUAGGGUUUUAUGGAAGAAAAGCAUCCAAGUAUGUAACUACCAUUUUAAUGUUAAUUUGCACUAACGCGACCUAUGUUAUUUGACUGAAAGGAGAGGAGACAACAGGUAGUGUUUAACUUGUGAUUUAUUUUGCUGUAAAUCUCUUGAGCUCACUGUCUGUUUUCGAGUGAGCUACAUUUACAUCCACACUAUUUAGCUUUCCAUACCUUAAACCCAUCCACAUGCCAGACACAUUCUCUAGUGUUUAAAUGGAUACUUGCUCCCAUUGACAUGCUCAUGUUAAACCCAGCCAAAGAGCACUGUCUCUGCCACUGAAUGGAAAAUGGAUUGUCACAGACUGCCAGCUUCCUUCGUGCAGUUACUCCUAAAGAAUUUGCAAUUAACAUUCUACAGUAUGCAGCCUUUCCUGGAAUUCCAUAUUUCUUACGUAUGUCAUGUUAUGCAAUCCUCAGCUUUUUAUUUCUUCUUUUUUUUUUUUUUUAAGAAGAAGAAAGUUUUGAAAGAAAAAAAAGAACAGUUCUUGAAUGUUAGGAUCAAUUUUGAGUAGCUAGAUGAGGGAGGAAAAUCGUGAAGUGCUGCAAAGAUAGGAAAAUGAGCAGAGAAUUGGGAGAGUUCAGGACAAUUUUGGCAAGUGAAUUUAAGUAUGUGGAAAAGUUAUGUAUAAGUGUAGGGGGAAGACUUUUUUUUCCACAUCUUUUGUUCUGUCAUUCAGUUUCAUUCACUUGUCAUUCACUUUCCUAAGCAUCAAGUGAUAAAGCAAGACUCUUGCAUGAGAUUUUAGUUCCAGAUACUUAUUAUGCCAACUCAAGUCAUGAGCUCCAGUGCAGUUUUUCAGCAUAGCAACAGCUCUAUUUUUUAACUCACAGUUGGAGGAAGCUAAAGGUUUUUCUGUGUAGAUAUUGAAAUAAAAGUCUUAUGAGACAGAUUGAGAGCAGGUUAAACUGGCCACACAGGCACUGCCUGGAGCUCAGCUGCAGAUGUGGAGAACACACAGCUCUAACUCAGGGGGGUCACUAACUGUGUCCGUUAGUGUGCAAUAUUGCCGUGCAUUGCGAGCUGACACCUGUCACAAAAUGAAAACCCUUUGGCAAUGCAGAACGGCAUGGUUUUGAGCACUUGGAUUUUGAUAAGAUUAUCUGAAUGCAGGUUUUGCUGUGCAGGUGGUUCACCAUCUUACAGGAGCAAGUCUGAGAGCCUAGGAAGUUUGUCCAACACCCAGUGUAACUAGUACUGCAGAACCAUCUGCUAUGG